GGGCUGCUAUUGAAGUUCCAGAACAGAGAUGUUUAUAACUCUUUAUAAGCUAUUCAAACUUUGUGAAUACUCUAAAGCUUGAUAUGCCUUCCCUGUGCAUAGCAGUGCUGAGCCCUUUGAUGGCAUCAAACAACCAUCACAUGAUAUGUGAUUUCCCUAAAUGGCGACCUCACGGUCACCCCCACAGGUGACUGGCCAUCAUUAACUGCGACGUUACGACGUGCGACACCACAAAUGAGAUUUUCAAAACCCCGACACCAGUGUUAUUCCUAACAUGAACUGGACAGGAGGCCGGCUUCGCCGUCAUUCCCAAAUCAAUUCCAAAACGCGGAAACAGACCUUUGGGAGUACAAGCGCAGCUAGCAAAGGCCACGGUCCCCGUCAGAUUACUCUUCUCAACAGUUUUGCCAAAAGGCAGGACGUGGAGAAGCUAAAACGCAGUACGGAAAAUUCAGAGAAUAGGACGGAGGAACGUCUACCUCAAACUUCGUCGAAUACUAGCACGAACGCAAAUUCGAAGCCACCCAAUCGUUUAGAACGGAUAAAGCGCCAGUUGCUCGAAACAGCUGACUGGGCUGCUGUGGGCGUGGCACGUCCCAUUCAAGUUGUCUUUAUGCCUGAGGAGGAGCCUGAGAGAUUCGGCAAGCGACGAAGACUUACGAGAGACGACCACGAACGGUUGAAUAAAUCUACAACGAUGCCCGGCAGGCCUCUUAGACGGGUUGAUGAAGCAAACGCCUUGUCCGACGGCAGCGAUGAUAUCAUGCUCGGUGCCGGCUCUUAUCCAAUGAGCCUACCGAGUUUGACUGAGGCUAACACAACUUCAUACUAUCCACCCAUAGAUGCCCGCAGAGGAUCUUCCCAACCAAUGCUUUUAGAAGAUGAACCCCUCGACGUGGACAACGGCGUUGGCAUGCAGAGCUCUCUCCCAAGCACAAAUGGUGUAGCGAGAGGAGCGAGAAACGAAAGUUCGCUGUUCAGGUCUUCCAGCGGUCUCCAGCGCCAUGGUGAUAGAGUGAUGAUGACGAACCACGUUCGAAUGAACGGCGAACCACACUUAUCCGUGAGCCAAUGGCUUGAGCAGGGGUACACCAUGGAGGCAUCGCAGUCUAACAGAGGUAGCUCUAUCGUCCCUGAACCUGCGUCAACAGUCCGCAGACGAUUUACGAUCGACGACCAAAUACGCGAUGCGCAAGCGCUCGUUGACAGACAGGGAAGGCUUCCGGCUAGCUCCCCAUCUAGAUUUGCCCAACCUUUGGGUCAGGGUCAAAUUGCGCUUGAACGACCCGUAAGGAUGUUUCCUCGGGGACCUCCCAUGGGAAUACCGGCAACAAUAUUCCAGCGAGCGCCUCAAACUAAUGGAGACCUGGACGACCUUACCCAACUUUCUGCACCAGGGCAAACCUUUCAGCAGAUUUCGCAGUUUCCACCAUCGAGCCCUAGCCCACGACCAAUGAGCAGCCAGCAGCCUGGUGCAGUUGUCAGGGCGUUAAUGUCCAGACAAGGAAGACCUGAACGCCCUGUACUCGGCAACGCGAACGUGUCCUUGAACGGGGGUAUGGACGGGAAUAUGAACGGGGAAGCCAGCUCGGGUGAGCAAUCAGAUGGGGAUACUGCAAAUGACGAAUGUACUUUUAACGUAGUCAGGGCUGGUGUUUGUACCCCACUAGUCAUGUGACUGAAACCACGUGAUUCGCUUCCGCAUUUUCUUCCACAAAAUCUUCUUUCUCAUGCGAAACAACUUCUUUCUUCAUCAACAUUGAUGGUCGACGGCGACAGGGCUCAACGCCAGCUGGCCCAGUCGAAAAAAGUCGGAAGGUCAAUGCUGUCGAGGCUGAAGCUAUCUUGCUCGUAAUUGGUCUUGUCUUGACACAGGUGUUGGCCACGCUUCGUUCAACAGGCUGAAUGUCGGACGGAUGAAAGCCGGCAGGGUGCUUGACGCGCCUCAUUUUUUUUUUUCU